GACGGGGCGGGGCUAGAAUAGUACAACGCUGCGGCGAACUAGGGACAGCAGGAAGGGAAGCCUUAGUUAAGGGGAUCCGUGGCCGAGGAAGGGCAGCGAGAGAACCUUCUGCGCGUCCACUUCGCCUGGGCCCACGCCUCAUCGUGUGCACAUGCGUAGAAGGAUGACCAGGAUUGGUGUGUGGAACGGUCUCAACCUCUCGUCGCAACCAAUCUGGACCCGCCGGGGGUGGGUCUUAACCCUCUGACAAUCUGCGCGCGCAUUGCUCUUGGCGCGCAUUUCUUCCAGCGAUGGAGUCGGAGCUGGUACGCCGCCUUGCCCCGCGUCUCGGCCUUGCGGAGCCGAGUGUGCUGAGGAAAGCAGAGGAGUUCCUGCGGCUGUCUAAGGUGAAGUGUGUCAGCCUGUCUGCACGUAGCUCAGAAACCAGCAAUGCUGUCAUAUGCCUGGACCUUGCAGCUUCCUGUAGGAAGUGCCCCUUGGAUAGAGCAUAUUUAAUUAGGCUCUCUGGUUUGAACAAGAUGAUGUAUCAGAGCUGCCUUAAAUCUUUUGAGUGUUUACUAGGAUUAAAUUCAAAUGUUGGAAUAAGAGACCUAGCUGUACAGUUCAGCUGUACAGAAGCAGUGAACUUGGCUGCAGAGAUACUGCAGAGCUACGAGUCUGGUCUUCCUGAAACACAGCGAGCAGAUCUUGACUUGUCCAGGCCACUUUUCACCACUGCCUCACUACUCUCGGCAUGCAAAAUUCUAAAGAUAAAGGUGGAUAAAACCAAAAUGAUAACUACAUCCGGUGUGAAAAAGACAAUACUUGAUCGACUGUGUAAGCAGUUAGAAAAGAUUGGGCAGCAGAUUAACAGAGACUCUGCAGAUUUAGCUAGACCAGCACUGAAGAGAAAGAAGCCAGAGUUUAGUCCAACACUGAAGAAAAAGGAGCCAGGGCUUGAACCACCAGCAAAAGAAAUAGAAGUAAUAGAAACCCUACAUAAACUACCAAAAGAUGAAGAUCUGACCCAGGAUUAUGAAGAAUGGAAAAGGAAGAUUUUGGAAAAUGCUGCCAAAGCUCAGACAGCCACAGCAGAGUGAUUUCCAUCUCACUGCAGGCGUGUGCAGUCUGUCUGGAGAUGAAGGGUGUGGACGUCUUCUAUAAGCCUGAAUUCCAGGUGUGCUGAGGAGUGUCUCAGUACAGAGGAUGCUAGCACUGGGCACCUCACAUGGACAUUAGAUCAACCAUAUUGCCUCUGUCCUCUCACGUGGGGUGAAAUUGGGACCAUUUUGCUUCUAUGUGUUACGUUUAAGAAAAUUUCCUGACUAAACCUAGAAUACAAAUUUCAAGCUGAAAGACAUCUCAGACAUUUUAUUUGUUUUUGUGGUUUUUUUAAUUUUAUUUCACUAAAUCAUUGUUAUAUAGCCUAAGUUAAUAAAAUUUUUUUAAAUGUA